CGGGAGCAGAUCGCCAGACUGUAAUAGGGUAUCCAGCACACGGGGGAGAAAAUCAACAAUGGGAGUUCAUACUGAGUGGCAACGGCUAUGCCAUCCGAUCCGUCUGGCUUUCCGACAAAUACGAUUGCGGCUUGUACUUGACCGUGCAGGCACUCCAGGAUCAUGCACCCGUCAUUGCUACCCCAUUUCCACCUGUGACUUUCUUAUAGGUGUUCCCCAGGAUCUACUGGCCGAACACUGAUUUCGUUCUCGACUUGGCAGACUGGGGAAACGCCGCUCCUGGAACGAAGCUUCAACUGAUGAAAAUCAAGCCGCGGGAGUCUUGUCAAAUCUGGAGAUUGGUUUGUCAAGAGGAGAAGCUAAAGUAUUCACAAAGUCAAUCCAAGCCGUCAGUUACCGAGACCGUCAUGGAGACCAAAGACGAUUAUCGCAUUACUACCAUCAGAACGACGACGACGACGGCGACGACGGUCACCACCGUCAUGGGACCAAUGGCACGUACAGCAUACUAGAAAUUGUUUGCGAUGGUCGGACAGAGAUAUGAUGUUGUGUACAAUACCAUGCACAUGCACUUGAUGCACACG